GGAAGUGAUACUGUGUGUGUUUGCAUGUGUGUGUAUGUGUGUGUGUGUAUAUGUGUGUAUGUUAGCACUGGUAGCAGCAUGGCGGCGGAGGGAGAGGAGGUAACCGUGUCUCUGGUGGACGUGCUGGAGGAGGAUGAGGAGCUGGAGCAGGAAGCAUCGGCUGUGCUCGCAGGCAGCGACUCGGAGAAGUGUUCAUAUCCAGAGGGGUAUGUGAAGCGUCAGGCUCUCUACGCUUGUAACACCUGCACACCAAAGGGAGGAGAAGCAGCAGGAAUCUGUCUUGCCUGUUCAUACAAGUGUCAUGAAGGUCACGAACUGUUCGAGCUCUACACCAAGAGAAAUUUCCGCUGUGACUGUGGGAACGAGAAGUUUGGAGAGAUGGAGUGCAGGUUGUUCCCAGAGAAAGAGAAGACUAACUGCGGGAAUCAAUACAGUCACAAUUUCUAUGGGCUGUACUGCACGUGUGAGAGACCCUACCCUGACCCGGAGGACGAGGUGGCUGAUGAGAUGAUCCAGUGUGUGGUGUGUGAGGACUGGCUGCAUGGUCGGCACUUGGGUUGUGUGGUCCCAGAGUGUGUUGAACUUCAGGAAAUGAUCUGUGAGUCCUGCAUGAAUAAAUGUCCGCUCCUGUGGACCUACGCUGCUCACCUCGCCGUGCCUCCUACAGUGAAGGUGUGUAAAGAAGAGGAGGAGAACGCCAGAGUGGAGGUGGAGCAUGACGAUGAGAAUAAAACAGAAGUGAAGAAAGAAGGAAAUGAGAAGGUUGAGGUGUGUGAGAAGGUGGAGGUGUGUGAGAACGGGACGGCUGGCUGUAAGAGGAAGCUGCAGGAGCUGGAGGCUGAAGGAUCUCGGUGCAGGUUUGAGGAGAUGAAGUGUUCGGGGAAGAGCCGAGUUCAGCAAGGAGCCGUGUUCUGGCCUGCAGGGUGGCGCUCUAAACUCUGUUCCUGUCAACACUGUAAGAGUGUGUUUGUGGAGGGUGGAGUCUCCUUCCUGUUGGAUGAGAUGGACACAGUGUUGGCCUAUGAGAAUAAGGGCAAAACCACCGAGCAGGCGACUGUGGGGGAAACCAGAGACCCCCUCAUGUCUGCACUUAAUAACCUGAACCACGUUCAACAACUCGAGAUCAUUCACGAGUAUAAUGAUAUGAAGACUGAGCUGAAGGAUUACUUACAGAGAUUUGCAGCAGAGGGAAAGGUGGUGACACCAGAAGAUAUCCGUCACUUCUUUGAACAGCAGCAGAGUCGUAAGAGACGGAGAGCCGACGCCGGGCAGUUCUACUGCACCUGAAACCCGUUGCCCCCUUUUAUAAAAGAUAGAAAUUUCUAGAGCCAUGAAUGCAGAAGCCAUGGUGUAGUUCUGUUCCCCAAAGAGCCGUUUAUACCAGAAAUAAAUCAUGAAUAAACACAACCUCACGUCGCUCACGUUACACUUUUAAUCGCUUUCGAUCCGUCUCCUGUUUGGUCACGUGACCUCAGUCAGGGUUUCUGUGUGUUUGUUGGUCUGUAUGAUGAACUUGUGGCUGCAGUAGUGAUUUUAUUGCGUUUUAACUCCUGCUUUAACUUUGUAAAUGUUUCUCUGAGAAAAUAAACACAGUAAUACUUUCA